GAAUGUCACCUUUGGCAACUUUCGGUCGAUCGCGCGCAGCAGGUGGCGCGGGCGUCUAAGGCGCUUUUUUGUUGUUUCUUCAAUUGAUCAGCCUAUCGACAAACGAUCGUGAUAUUGAUCUCGUCCUAGCUAUCCUGGCGGGCAAGGUCUCAUUACAGAAAGCUGAUCUGUUAGAUCAGCCAUCGUUUCAGUGCGUAGAGGGGAGAAAAUGGCGGCAAUUAUGGAACGCCGCGUAGUCAUCGCAUACACCGGUUUGGUGAACAAGACGAGCGGAGAACAAGAGUGUUCUACACAUGAUUUGGAUGGCCACGUGUUUCAUCUUCGGCAUCCAAAAACAGGUGCCAAAGCCUGCUACAUGCUGCUGAAUGCAAAGCUGCAGGAGUUGCACUGGUUCAAGCAGUCUUAUGCAUCCUGGUUCAUUGGGGACUCUGUUUGUGAAGAGUAUCAUAAAGUAGAGCAGAGUGUCGUAGAGUGUUGUGGAGUGUCGUAGAGUAGAAAAGUGUGUUGUAGGGUGUUGUAGAGUGUCGUAUUGUAGGGUGGAGUAGAGUGGAGUAGAGUAGAGUAGAGUAAAGUGUCUAUCAUAGA